AUGCCUUCGUUAAAAGAAUACCUUCUGAAUUUAAAUUUAUUUUCACCAUCAUCCGAUUCUAAUGAGCAGGAAAAUGAUCAACAAGGUCGAUGGAAUAUUACUGGUACACGAAUUUAUAUUAUACUUAUCAUACUCAUUCUUUUUAAUAUUGGUUUCAUUUUAUUAUUACUUGAACAAUCGAUGAUGGUUACUAUACCAAAUCCAACAAAAGAACAGUUUGAACGGCUGCCUAUUAAUGCAAAAUGUUCAUGUUCUGAUAUUUCUAUUUCAUAUGGGAAAUUUAUGUCAUUGAACACAAGUUUUCACCAGGUUUGUUCAAGCGAUUUUGUUACUGAUCGAUGGCUAAAUGCAAUUAAUUCGAAAACAAAUACAACUUAUUUUGCUUUUCGAGACUUUCGACGUUUUGGUAAUGCUCAGUUUCAAGCACUUGCUGCUUAUUGUCAUUUAUCAAAAUCAUAUACUGAUCAAAGUGUUUAUGCCGUUUUUCAAAGUGCAUUGCUUAGUCCGCAAAUCUUAUCGAACACAUCUCUGCGCGCACACAUCAAUGCAGCAAUUGAACAAUUCAAACUAAAAACACCAAAUAUUUUUAAUAUCCAACAAAAAUUAAUCAUCAAAAUGACAAUCGUCAAUGAAUUAAUGCCUGCAGUACAAACUAGCAGAUUUCUGGUAGAUGGUUACUGGGUAUCUGAAAUCCAUAUAAAUGGAUAUCGACAAACGAAUGGUACUGCGUGUGACUGCAUUCUAAACAAUUGUAAUCAAAUAGAGUCAGGUAUUGUCAAUGAAUUUGGAAGACCGAAUAAUGAUGAGAUCUGGAAUGUUUUGGCAUGGUCUAUACCAGGAAUAUCAACAGGUUGUCUCCCGGGAUUUACACUUCUAUCGUCGACAUUGGAAUGUUUCUACAAGCAAACAUGUGUAGACAAACUUAUUUCAUAUUUUCCAACAAGUGAAGAAUUCAAAGCGAUGAUUAUAAAUAAUAAAAGCUUAUAUCAACCAACAUCAACUGUUCAAUCAAUAAUUGAUAAUUUGAUGAUUGAAGAUUGGAUAGUGGAUAUUUCUUAUGAUAAAUAUUAUUCAGAAUGUGCACCAUCUUCAUGCACUUAUUUAAAAACAUUUCGACGAGAUUUAGGUUAUGUCUUGAAAAAAUUGAUUAGUUUAUUGUCUAGUUUGACAUUAAUACUGGGAUUAAUAAUUCCGCUAGUUAUUCAAUUCAUUAUGAAACGACGAGAUCGAACACUAAAACCACGAAUUUCAUUCAAAAAUCGUUUAUAUCAAUUUAAAGAAAAUAUUCAAAAAAAAUUAAUUGAAUUGAAUAUUUUCAAACAAUCUUCUAAUACAGAUCGACAAACGAAAUUUCAACGUUAUGGAACACGAUUGUAUAUAUUUUUGCUCAUUGGUUCAAUGAUAAUUAUAACUAUUUAUGUAUUUUUACAAAAAUCAAUUCAAUUAAAAACGAUUUUUUAUCCUACUGAAUCUCAGUUUAUUCAACUUCAAAAAGAAUAUCCUCAAUCACUUUCAUGUCCCUGCAGUUCAAUAUCAAUAUCUUAUGCAAAUUUCACAACAAUUCAACCACAAUAUCAUCAAUUAUGUCAAAGUGAUCUCAUUCGCGAAGGAUGGAUUCAUUAUAUGAAGGAAAGUACAACUGGGAAGCUUUUAUAUCCCUAUGAUUAUCGAGCAAUUUCUACUGUUUAUUUCCAAUUAUUAUCAUUAUUUUGUGAACAAGCUAAAGAAACCAUUGAUAAUGCACUUGAGAUUUUUCUCAGAACAGAAUUCGUUACUUCACAAGUUCUUGCACAAGAAUCGUUUGAAAAUGAAAUAGAUUCAUCGAUUGAAGGUUGGAAAUUAACAACAGCAAAUACUUUUAAAAGAACUAUUCAAUUAAUUGAACCAAUUUAUCAAGGAAAUCAAUUAAUUAGUAGUAUGCAUGAGGAUGAUUUUGGAAAAGAUGGAGAUUUAGAAGUAUAUCUAAACUCACAAAUAAAGCAAGGAUGUAAUUGUGUUUUAUCUCCAUCAUGUAAUUCUACUGUUGCAAUUUAUCGUGGACUUCGAGACUUCGUAUACCAAGAUGACCCAUAUCCAGUUUCAAAUAUUUUUUAUGGUUGUUAUGCAACUCAAUCAUUAUUUAUAUCAACAUUAGAAUGUUUUUAUAAUCUAUCAUGUAUGUUAGAAAUUCAUGAUUCUAUACGUUCUUCAAUACCUUUCAAUUUUUCUGCUCUCAAUCAAAAUUUAAAUCAACCAAAUGAAACAAUCGAAAUGAUUAUUAAUCGAUUAAUGGUUGAAGAAUGGUUCUCAAAUGUUUCUUUUUUAUUAUAUUAUAAAAAAUGUGCACCAUUAUCAUGUACAUAUCAAUAUGAUGGUCGAAAUAAUCUUUUUAUUAGUAUUACAACUAUUAUAAGUAUUUUUGGUGGUUUAUCACUUGCAUUGAAACUUUUAAUUAUGAUUAGUCUGAAAUUUAUUGAUAAAAUUUGUUCAAAUAAUUUCUUUCAUUUAAUUUCAUUCAAUUUCAUUAAACAAAUCUUUAUUUUUCAUACUGAAAAUCAAGUUAUCCAUCGAUUACAUGUGAUUCUAGUUAUUGGAAUUCUUACUACAUUUUAUAUGUUUUCUACUUUUACGCCUCGUAUAAUUCCUAUUCAAAUAAAUAAACCUUCAUUAGAAAUUUAUGAAGAUUUAUAUAAAGAAUAUAAUGAUACAUUAGAAUGUCCAUGUUCACAAUCAUCAAUGAAAUAUAAAUCAUUUUUAACUUUAACAACUCGUUUCCAUGAAAUAUGCUCAAGUGAGUUUAUUACAGAUCGGUGGCUUUUAUAUUUAUAUGACAAAAGAGAGAAUAACAGACGACAUUCACCAUAUGAUUUUUAUAAUUCAGCUGUUAGUCAAUUUAAAUUACUUUCCUCAUUUUGUAAAUUAUCAAACGAAACAGUUUUUGAAUCAAUUCUUCAAUUGGGAACAACGGAUUUGAUUAAUAAUCAACUUCUAUCAUCACAUAUCUUAAAUAAUCGCAUUGAAAUGUUUAUUAAUGAAUUUCGACAAACAAUAUCACAAUCAUUUGUCAAUAGUAUUUCAUUAAUUCGAGAAACAAUUAGUAGUAAUAUGUUAAUGACUGUAUUUCUAAGUAAUUGGCAGUUUGAACGUACAAGUAGUAGCACUUGUCGUAAUCUUAUUCAUACGUUUCCCUUAAAUUAUAAUGGAUGUAGUUGUUCAUCAUCAUCUAAAUGCGUUAGUUCAUCACAUGGAAUGUUAACUGGUUGUUAUCCACUUGAAUCAAUAUUUCAAACAACAUUACACUGUUUUUAUAAUCAGUCAUGUAUUGAUUCAACAAAUAAUUUCAAAUCAAUAAAUAUUUCAUCAUUAGAAACAAGUCGUUUUUUAUUAAAUCAAACAACUGAAUCAGUUGUCAAUGAAUUAAUGAUUGAAGAAUUCAAAGCUAAAACAAAUUAUCCAAAUUAUUUUAAUGCAUGUUCACCAUCAUUAUGUAUUUAUUCAUAUGUUGAUAAAAGAAAUGCUAUUGAAGGAAUAUUAACAUUAAUUGGUUUAUAUGGUGGUUUAGUUAUUAUUUGUCGAUUAAUUGCUAUUAUUAUUGUCAAAACAAUGUGUCGGAUGAAUAGGAGAGUUAAUCCGGCCGCAAAUUUAUCUUGA